AUGCAAAAGCUCGUGAUCGCCUUCACCACCAUCGCCGUCGCCCAGGCCUUCCUUUUCCCGUCCGGAGGAGGCGGAGGAUGUGGAUGCGCGUAAGUUUUUCAAACUUUUGCUCUGCACCUCUCAUUGAGUUCUCUCUGACGUUUUCGAAUACCUGUAUUCUUGCAGCCCACCACCACCACCACCACCACCGCCAUGCGGAUGCGGAGGCGGAGGAGCCGGACUCUCGCUCCCACAACUCCCACCACUCCAGCUCCCACAACUCUCGCUGCCAUCCCUCGGAGGAGGAGGCGGCUGCGGAGGACCAGCGCCAUGCGGAGGAGCCGCUCCAGCAGCGUACGCUGCCCCACCACCGGCCGCCGGAUACGCCGCCCCACCACCACCGCCACCAGCCGGAUACGCCACCGCUGGACGCAAGUAA